AUGUCAAAUAGUGUCAAAGAGAACUCCUACCUGGCCCACUCGAUCCCCAAUGAGCGCCGACACAAUAUGCCCCCAACCAAUGGGUCAGCAAGUGCGAAAGAACCUCUGCUCGGCUUUUUACCAAGAAAAGUGACUGGACCACAAGUCCGGAAAGCCUUGGAUCACGAUAUCAAUGCAUUCACAAAGCUACCACAUACACCGCAAUAUAGGAAGAUUUUGGAGGCACGCAAGAAGCUGCCUGUACGCUGGAGUGUAGGGGACACCAACGCCUCUCAUGAAAUCAUACAGUUCACCAGUAAUCAGAUCAUCGUGAUGGUCGGUGAAACUGGUUCAGGAAAGACGACACAAAUACCACAGUUUGUCGCUUAUACGGAUUUACCUCACACCAAGGGAAAAUUGGUCGCAUGCACGCAGCCUCGUCGAGUAGCAGCCAUGUCAGUGGCUAAACGCGUUGCCGAUGAAAUGGACGUUGAACUUGGGAGACAAGUCGGUUACUCAAUACGUUUUGAGGACAUGACUGAGCCUGGCACUACUUUUCUCAAAUACAUGACGGAUGGUAUGCUUCUCCGGGAAGCAAUGAAUGAUCCUAGCCUCGAUCGCUAUUCAACGAUCAUCCUCGACGAGGCUCACGAACGCACUCUCGCCACUGAUAUCCUGAUGGGUCUCCUAAAAGAUUUGGCCAAAAGACGUUCAGACCUCAAAAUUAUAAUCAUGUCUGCGACACUAGAUGCACUCAAGUUCCAGAAAUACUUUGGCCUAACAAGUGAUACGGCAGCGCCACUAUUCAAAGUUCCGGGACGUACACAUCCUGUCGAGGUAUUUUACACCCAAGAACCAGAACCGGAUUAUGUUGAAGCAGCAAUUCGUACUGUUCUCAUGAUACAUCGAGCCGAGGAUCCCGGAGAUGUGUUGCUCUUCCUUACUGGAGAGGAAGAGAUCGAAGAUGCGUGCCGCAAGAUCAAACUCGAAGCAGAUGACCUGGUAAACCAGGACCCAGACUCUGUGGGUCCUCUUAUCUGCAUCCCCUUGUACUCGUCGUUGCCGCCACAGCAGCAGCAGCGGAUAUUCGACCCACCGCCAUCAGCACGGUCUCCUGAUGGACCCCCUGGGCGCAAAAUCGUAGUCUCGACCAAUAUUGCAGAGACAUCGCUCACCAUUGAUGGAAUAGUGUAUGUUGUCGAUCCUGGGUUUUCGAAGCAGAAGGUUUACAACCCGAGAAUCCGAGUGGAGAGCUUGCUAGUCAGCCCGAUAUCUAAGGCGUCAGCGCAGCAGAGGGCGGGACGAGCUGGUCGUACUAGACCUGGGAAAUGUUUCAGGUUGUACACGGAGAAAGAUUUUAUGUCAGAAUUGGAGGAGCAAACGCACCCCGAGAUUUUACGAAGCAACCUUGCAAAUACUGUCUUAGAGUUGGUUAAGUUAGGGAUUAAAGAUCUUGUAAAAUUUGACUAUGUAGACGCUCCAGCACCUGAGACUUUAAUGCGGGCAUUGGAGCUCUUGAAUUAUUUGGCGGCAUUGGAUGAUGACGGUAACCUAACGCCUCUAGGUACCAUAAUGGCGGAAUUCCCGCUAGAUCCUCAGUUGGCGAAGAUGCUAAUUGUGAGUCCGGAGUUCAAGUGUAGCAAUGAAAUAUUAACUAUCACCGCAAUGUUGUCUGUACCAAAUGUAUGGCUACGACCAAACAACCAACGGAAGGAGGCAGAUGCCGCGAAAGCCCUUCUCACUGUCCCAGAUGGUGAUCAUUUGACCAUGCUCAACGUAUAUAACAAUUACAUACAGAACAAGUAUGAUAAGAAUUGGGCUUGGACCAACUAUCUUUCUGCCCGAGCACUUGCACAGGCCGAGAACGUUCGGGACCAGUUGAAGCGUACUAUGGAGCGAUUUGAGGUCGAGCUUGUGUCCAUCGUGGACCCCAACAAAUUGUACCUGGCAGUCCGGCAAGCGCUUGUAUGUGGCUUUUUCAUGCAGGUAGCCCACAAGGAGGGCGACAAAGGGAACUAUUUGACAGUCAAGGACAACCAAGUUGUUGGACUGCAUCCAUCAUGUGGCCUUGAUGCACAGCCAGACUGGGUAAUUUUUAAUGAGUUUGUUUUGACAACACGACCAUAUAUCAGAACGGUAACGGAUGUACGCCCUGAGUGGCUAUUGGAGUUUGCUUCGGUGUAUUUCGAUUUGUCUUCUUUCCCAGAUGGGGAAACGAAGCGGGCGCUGCAACGUGUGGCAAACAAGCGCGCAGGUAAAUCUGGCCGGGUAGGUGACGACGGGGAUGGGGCCAAGAAGAAGAAGCUAAAAAAGAGCAAGUAG